AUGGAUUCAAUGGAUGAAGGAAUGCGUCACAAACGUGAAGUGGCAGAAGGGUUAAACAUUUUGAUUGAAAGAGCAAAGGAGUUGGGAUUGAUUAGAGGUGUGAAAAUUGGGUCUAGUAAGGUCGUUUUAACACAUUUACAAUUUGCGGACAACACAAUAUUUUUUUGCGAAGUUGAUAGGGUGGAAGUCAUGAACGUAAAAAGAAUUCAUAGAUGUUUUGAAGUAAUGUCUGGUCUCAAGAUUAAUUUUCACAAAAGCAGUAUAUGUGGGAUGGGAGCAACUGAGGACCUAAUGGCUGAUUUUGCAUCUAAGCUUAAUUGUAAGAGUAUCAAAUUACCUUUCACAUAUCUUGGAUUACCUCUGGGUGCAAGUCCAAGUACGAUAAGCACUUGGAAGCCUAUUAUUGAUAAAUGUAGACUCAAGCUUGCAUCUUGGAAAGGAAGCUAUUGUCGUAUGGGAGAAGAAUAA